AAUGGCCUACCUCAUAUUCUGAGACCAUGGCCCCUUAUCCUGGCCAAGGGAGACAUCCUCCAUGCAGUCAGUCUGUUCGGAUCAGCCAGAAAGUAUGUUUCAAUGAGGUUACCCUGUCAUUCUUCUAAACUCCAGUGAAUAUAGUCCUAGCCAAACUAACCUCUCCUCAAAGGACAAACCUGCCAUCCCAGGAAUCAGUGUGGUGAACUUUUGCUGCUCUGCCUUUACGCUAGUGUAUCUUUCCUGAAGUAAGGAGAUUAAAACUGCAUCUUACACUGCAGGUAUGGUAUCAUCAAGAUCACAUACACCUGCAGGAAGACUUCCUUGCUCCCGUACUCAAAAUGUAUACAGCUCAAAAUUUCAGUCCGUUUCUGAAUUUGUCAGAGCAAGUAUUUACCUGGUUGCAGGAAUGAUGGGGACAGGGUCAGGAUCCGUGUUGUCUCAACAACAGUUUCUGACACCUGUCUAGCCUGUGCUGGUGUUUCUUCAGUGAUUAUAUAGAAUGUGUUUUCUCUCAGUUUCAGAAAAAUCUGUCAUUUUAGCUGCUGCAGGAAGUGAUGUCACAUUCCCUGGACCACAGCAUCCUGAAAGAUAUGAAGUAUCAAUUUGGAUAUUUUAUAACCACAUACAUUCAGAUAUCGUAUCAUUUAAUAAAGAGUCUGGACCCGAUGUUGAUAUCAGAAAGAAGUACAAAGGUCGAAUUCAGGUUGAUGAAUCAGCUUUGACCUUUGUCCUGAAGAAUGUACAGGAAUCUGACACCGGUAUCUAUAAACUUGUUCGCCAUCAACCUGUUAAAAUCAUAAAUGAAGUGACUCUCCGUGUGUACAAACUGCUUGGCAAACCUGACAUAUCCAGCAAUUCCAGCCAGGAAAACAGUAUAAUUGCAUUGACCUGUACAGUAUCAGGGAAAGUUGAGUCUGUCAUAUGGCUUGCAAUAACGGACUCUGCUGCUAAAAACCGAUACACAUUGAUCUAUGAUAACACGACUUUGGUCAUCCAAAAUGCACAGAAAUCAGACUCUGGAAUAUAUGGUUGUUUCAUGCGAAACCCAUUCAGUAAAUCCAGCGCCUUCUACGAGCUGACAGUCAAAUGUGGAGAACCAAGCCUGGAUAUAAGUUUGCUUGCUGAGCUGGAAGGUUCGUUUUCAGACGUUUCGUCACCAUUCUAGGUAACAUCAUCAGUGAGCCUCUGGUGAAGCGCUGGUGUUAUGUCCCGCUUUCUAUUUAUGUGUUUAGGUUUCCUUGGGUUGGUGAUGUUAUUUCCUGUGUUGAUGUAAUUUCCAGUUCUUUUUCUCAGAGGGUGGUAGAUGGGCUCCAAAUCAAUGUGUUUGUUGAUGGAGUUCCGGUUGGAAUGCCAUGCUUCUAGGAAUUCUCGUGCGUGUCUCUGUUUAGCUUGUCCGAGGAUGGAUGUGUUGUCCCAAUCAAAAUGGUGUCCUUCCUCAUCUGUAUGUAAGGACACUAGUAUCCUUACAUACAGAUGAGACAAUAAGACAUAGGAGUGGAAGGCCAUUCGGCCCAUCAGGUCCACUCCGCCAUUUAAAUCAUGGCUGAUGGGCAUUUCAGCUCCACUUCCCUGCACUCUCCCCGUAGCCCUUGAUUCUUUGUGAGAUCAAGAAUUUGUCGAUCUCUGCCUUGAAGGCAUCCAACGUCCCGGCCUCCACUGCACUCCAUGGCAAUGAAUUCCACAAGCCCACCACUCUCUGGCUGAAGAAAUGUCGUCUCAUUUCAGUUUUAAAUUUACCCCCUCUAAUUUUAAGGCUGUGCCCACGGGUCCUAGGCUCCCCGCCUAACGUAAACAACUUCCUAGCGUCCACCCCUUCUAAACCAUACAUUAUCUUGUAAGUUUCUAUUAGAUCUCCCCUCAACCUUCUAAACUCUAAUGAGUACAAUCCCAGGAUCCUUAGCUGUUCAUCAUACGUUAAACCUACCAUUCCAGGGAUCAUCCGUGUGAAGCUCCGCUGGACACGCUCCAGGGCUAGUAUGUCCUUCCUGAGGUGUGGGGCCCAAAAUUGGACACCUCAAUUGUUGAAGUUGUUAAGCAGAGAGCGGCGGGAGCUGGGCGGAAGUGAAGUCGGAGCAUAGAGGCAGGGAAGGUAACUGACCGUUAUUUAAGCACUUACCUCGAAGCCCCAGGUCCUACACAGUAGGGCCUCCCUCCCUCCUCCUCUAACCUAGUUAAAAGUCCACAGACUUGCAGCAGGAAGAGCGGGAGUGUCAGUCAGAGGCCUACAGGUGGGUGAGUCUCUGCUUUAAAGAUUAGCAAAUACCUACCUUUACCAGCGGAGCCCUCCAUUCCUGUUCCAGCAGCAGGAAGGAUGCUACUUUGAUUGGGACAACACAUCCAUCCUAGGACAAGCCAAACAGAGACACGCACGAGAAUUCCUAGAAGCAUGGCAUUCCCACCGGAACUCCAUCAACAAACACAUUGAUUUGGAGCCAAUCUACCAUCCCCUGAGAAAAAGAACAGGAAAUGACAUCACCAACCCAAGGAAACCUAAACACAUAAAUAGAAAGCAGGACAUAACACCAGCGCUUCGCCGGAGGCUCACUGAUGAUGUUACCUAGAAUGGUGAUGAAAUGUCUGAAAACGAACCUUCCAGCUCAGCGAGCAAACUUACAACCAGAACCUCAACCUGAGCUACAAAUCUUUUCAAAAACCAAGCCGCUAGGAAUUCCCAUGCGUGUCUAUGUUUGGCUUGGGCUACUAUGGUUACUUUGUCCCUGUUAAAUGGAUAUCUCUACAUUCAGACAACGAAGGCUACUAAGGAGAGUUCAUCGUGCCAUUUUGCUGCUAGUUGAUAUUUGUGUAUUCUAAUGGCUAGUUUCCUUCCUGUCUGUCCAAAGUAAUGUUUGUGGCAGUCAUUGCACAGUAUUUUGUUAACCACAUUUGUUCUGUGUUGUUGGAAUGGGGCCUUUUAAUCCUUGUAAGUGUUUGUCAUAGACUGGUUGCGGGCUUGUGGGCCACCAUGAUUCCUAGUGGCCUUAGGAGUCGUGUUGUCAAUUCUGAUAUGUUCCUGAUGUAGGGCAGUGUGGUCAGUGUGUUGGGUCGCACUGUGUCCUCCUGCUGUUGUCUGUUGUUUUAGGCAUCUGUGGAUGAAGUUGCGGGGAUAUUUGUUUGAAGCGAGGGUCUUGUAUCAGUGUUCUUCCUCUUCAAGGCAUAGUUCUAGAGUGUUGCAGUGUGUCCUGGCCCAUUUUAAAUAUUGUCCUAAUGCAGCUUGUUUGUGGACGUUUGGGUGGUUGCUGUGAAAGUUGAGGAUUUGAUGUGUAUGGUUUGGUUUUCUGCAUACUAAGGUUUGGACCCCCCCAUUUGUCAAUUAUUCUACUUUAACAUCCAGAAACGGAAGUUGAUUGUUGGUUUGUGAAUUUAAUCCCUGUGAAUACCUUGAUGAUGAGGUGGGGGGUCUCUUCUAAUUUAAUGCAUUUAAUAGUGACAAAUGAUAAAGUGCAUACACAUAGUCUCAAUGAUUUCAAUACCUAAAAAUGGUUAGCGACUUUAAGGGAGUAAAAAGAAUUUUGAAUUUGGACAAAUUUGCAUGAGAUACAACAAUAUCUAAAAUGAGUCAUCAAGUAACUUUAAAAAAAAGUUUGACUUCUGUUUUAAAAAUUACAGGAUUAUAUUUCAUGGACUGUAAAUCUCUACCGAAAGAUGGAAUUAGAUACGGUGAUAACAGUUAAGUUGCAAAAUUGAAUGAGAAGAAGUAAUUAAGGGUGGAGACUGACGGCAGAAGGGAAAAAGCAAUUUAGAAUGAUGAGUUGAAAUGGCAAUCGAGGUUAAAAUGGAUUUUAGUGAAAAGAAAGUUUAAAUGAGAGUAGCAACCUGAUUGCUUUCUCUUGGUGAUGUUUCUGUCCUUGUCUUUUGUUUUAAGAAAGAUUGAAUUAGUGUUCAAACCACUACCCAAGACAUCAGAACUAAACGUGGAGAGAUAAGUAAAACCUCAUAGAUCAUUUGAUAAUAUCAUGUGGGAGUCAAGAAUGUGUGACAUGGUCUUGGGAUGCAGAUGUAAGUAUGCAAAAGUGAAUGUUACAAGAGAUACAAAACAUGCACUGAAGAACGGGUCUCAGACAUGCAUACCUAAUUGACAAAAGGAUCAAUGCAGCUUGGAAGAGCACACAAACAUAGUUUAAAUGAUAAAACAGUGACACAGAUCCAUAGAGAAACUGACUUGAAAACAUUGAAAGGGAUGUGAAAAGAAUUACAAUCAAAAUAAAAAGUGUGAUGUGCUAAGAUGUCAAAAUGUUAAAGAAAUUAAAGAAUAUGGACUGUGGGAGAAGUAAUAGUGGACAGAGUGAAAGGGCUCAUUGGAUGACAUACAGAAAGCCCAUCUUGAGCAUUUUUAUGAUUAAACCAGUAGGUGAAAUUGUAAUGUGUUAGAACAGCUGGUGUAUGUGAAAGAAGGCUGAGCUAAAACUUAGGUGGUGUUGGAGUCUGUGGUAAGGGAACCCCACACCCCGGGGGGAAAAUAAAUGGCGGGAAACAUAAGCUGAAGGUAAAGCCUGAUGAAUGUUUAGAGCUGUAUUGUUUGAUACCAGGUAUAUGGUACCUCAAAGGGGUACCUGCAUAUGGAGGUAGUUACCACUUAAUGGUACAGUCAGUCAUAAAUUGGCAAGGGAGGAAACAUAUUGAAGAAGUAUCCUCAAGACGGAUACGGAUGAAGAGAGCUGGAGGUUUUGCAUCCAUGUAUGGUAUUACUUUACUGUUAUUAGGCGAAGUGAUGUGCGUAUAGGGAACUGGAGGAUUUUAAAAAAACCCAUUAAGGAAUACAAAUCUAGAAUAUACUGCAUUUUACAGCAAAUUAUGUAAAUAGAUUACUUGAAAAAAUAUAAAAUCGACUAACAGCCAGCUAGUCUGGCACACUUUUUCUUUCCCUCUCUCCCUGUCACAGGUUUUGAGGGCACUCAGUAACGGGAUCCUAAACUCUAGGACAACAAGCAGAAUAGAUUAAGUUGCGCGUAUGUAUGUGACACAGUUACGCUGCGCGGUGGCUGUGAUUAAAGAUAUUACUGCCAUUAACAUAGGCAUGAAAACACUAAUCCUCUGCGGGCACCUCUCAAUUUUGAGCCCAUCGGAAACACGCAGGCAUGUGGCACAACUUUCCAGUUCUAUCAUGGCCUUUACUGUACGUUGGAAUGUGAUAUAUAUACACACACUUAUAUAAGGGUUGGUCCCCAAAGGCCACUGCGAUUGUUAAUUUGAUCAUACACCUUAUUGUUAUAUUAUUCCUGCUGAUGAUAGUUAUUUUCACUGAAGUUUUAAUCUUCUAAAGUAACUUAAGUACUUUUCUUAUGUUCUCGCAUGGCUGUCACUGAUUUAUAUCUGCGUCUGCAAUUGUAACAUACACUGUCACAAGUUAUCGAGGUGGAUUGUAUAGGAUGGGCUGAAGGGCUAAAAUUGUUGUUGAUUUUCAACAGCUGCAUAAUCUUGAUUGAGACCUGUGAACAUUCCUAUACGUGCUGAAGACAGCAGCAUCAGCAUGCUUUUCUGUAAUUGUUUUUCUGUGCUGUCACUCAGAAUGCUCUCCAAUAAUUUUCCCACCAAGGAAGUGAGACUGACUCAUCUGUAAUUCCCAGGAUUAUCCCUAUUCUCUUUCUUGAACAAGAGAAUAACAUUUGCCAUCCUCCAAUCAUAUGGUACUACUCCAGUGGUCAGUGAGGACGCAAAGAUCAUUGUCAAAAGGGACAGCGAUCUCUUCCUUCACGUCCCAUAGUAACCUUGGGUAUAUCCCAUCUGGCCCGGGGACUUAUCUCCCCUACCUCCACUGACUCCGCGGACCAGUUCCCUCCACUAUCCCUGAUUGGCCCUACCCUCACUCUAGCCAUCCUCUUGUUCCUCACGUAAACAUAGAAUGCCUUCAGGUUGUCCUUAAUCCUACCCGCCAAGGCUUUUUCAUACCCGCUUCUCACUUCCCUAAGUCUAUUCUUCAUUUCCUUCCUGGCUACCUUGCAGCGUUGUAGAGUCCUGUCCGAUCCUUGCUUCCUCAGCUCUAAGUAAGCUUCCUUCUUUUGAUGAGAUGUUCCACAUGUCUUGUUAUCUAAGAUUCCUUCACCUUACGAUCCCCUCCUUGCCUAAGUGGGACAAACCUCUCCAGUAAUUGUAGCAAGUGCUCCCUAAACAACCUCCACAUUUCUGACGUGCAUUUCCCUGAGAACAUCUGUUCCCAAUUUAUGCUCCACAGUUCUUGCACAAUA